AUGGUUUACACAGUUAUCGAUGGAUUAGUGCUAAUAUCGAUUUCUCAUGUCUGUAAUUCUUUUUCACUGAUGAUUAUUCAGGUCUGUUAUCAAAAUGGCGGCAGUCGCGGCGACGAAUCCCUCGCAGCUUUUACCUCUCGAGCUGGUGGAUAAAUGCAUUGGCUCACGGAUUCACAUUGUCAUGAAGAACGAUAAAGAGAUUGUGGGAACUCUGCUCGGGUUUGAUGACUUUGUCAACAUGGUUCUUGAGGAUGUGACUGAGUUUGAAAUCACUCCAGAAGGCAGAAGAAUCACAAAGCUGGAUCAGAUUCUGCUUAAUGGCAAUAACAUCACAAUGUUGAUUCCAGGAGGAGAAGGACCAGAAGUUUGAGAAAUGUGUAGCACCUUCCACAAAAAAAAAAAAAAAAAAGUUAUUGUUUCAUAUAUAUAUAUAUAUAAAAAAAAACAGGAUAAAGAACUGAUCACUUAGAAUUGAUCACUUCUUGUCUUCAAAAAUUAUUUUUCAUUUCAUGAAGGGGAGAUUUCCACAUGAGAUAUUUCUAUUGUUUAAGUGAUCCAGAAAGGAUUUUGUAAACAUUUGUUGUUUGUUACAGUAAAACAAAUAAAAUGAAUUGGACUGAGUUGGAAUUCAGCUGUAUGUUAUAACAUUAUAUUUCUGAAGUGUGAAUGAACAAACUGAGUAUGUUUUGUGAAGUCAUCUUUUUUGGUUUUAAUAUGUUUCUUUGCUGUUAGAAUAUGACACGUUUAUGAAUUUGUGCGUUUCCUGAUUUAUUUUGUACAUGCUGAAAUAAACGUACAUUUGAAUUUA